AUGACGACCGACAAUGAGAAGCCGGUUUUCUUCUUCGACAUCGACAACUGCCUCUAUUCCAAGAGCCUUGAUAUCCACCGCCUGAUGGCUGAACUGAUUGACAAGUUCUUCAAGGAACACCUGAGCUUGUCACAAGAAGAAGCCAAUGAAUUACACUACAGGUACUACCGCGAAUACGGUCUCGCCAUUGAAGGUCUGGUCCGCCAUCACAAAGUCGACGCGCUGGAGUACAACGCGAAGGUUGACGAUGCGCUCCCGCUAGAAGAUAUCAUCAAGCCCGACCCAGAACUCCGCAAAUUGAUCCAAGAUAUCGACACAAGCAAAGUCCGGCUGUGGUUAUUCACCAACGCGUACAUCACGCACGGUAAGCGAGUUGUCAAGCUGCUGGGGGUCGACGAUCUGUUCGAGGGCAUCACGUUCUGUGAUUAUUCCUCAGACAAAUUCUACUGCAAGCCGCACGCAGAAAUGUUUGACAAGGCCAUGCAAGAGGCAGGGAUCAAGUCGAACGAAAAAUGCUAUUUUGUCGGCUGGAACGUGGCCCAUUUGCUUGGCGAGAAGGAUCCCGCACCUCCACAACCGGCAUGCAAAUACCAGAUCAGGAGCCUACAGGAGCUGCGCAAGAUAUUUCCGGAGUGUUUCAAGAGUUCUUAG